AGCGGUGACUGGCUGGUACGGGGGUGAGAGGAGCUAGACUCCCCCACAGUUCAUGAAUCGAUAUUUUAAGCGCCUGGUUCGUGUUGCAGCGUCGCCAGAAGCAGCUUCUCGGUGUGCGCCAUACGGUUUGCUGAGCACGAGGAGGAGGAGGGAGCUUCGUGAUACAAACAAGCCUGCGCGUGGAGUUGCAGAAGCAAAGAGAGGAGGAGUGGGGAGGGAAGACUUUCGAAGGACGCUUCUUGCCUUUUUCCUUUUUUUUUUUUAACCGCAUAUAUCUCCGUUUUGCCACUGUCCGAGUGACUCCGGGGCCGGUUGGACGGUUUGCCAGCAUAUGGCUAGCCCCGCUGCGUGUGGAAAUUUCCCGAGUAGUGCCCCGCCACGGGAGCCGAUGGAUCCGAGUCAUCCCGAGCCAGCCUGCCAGGAGGCACAGAAAUGGAUAGAGGCUGUAACAGGGAAGAGCUUUGGAGUCGUGGACUUCCGCAGCGCUCUGGAGAACGGCAUCCUGUUAUGCGAGCUGCUGAGCGCAAUCAAACCAGGGCUAGUCAAGAAGAUCAACAGACUGCCCACCCCAAUCGCUGGGCUGGACAACCUGUCCGUCUUCCUGCGGGGCUGUGAAGAGUUGGGUCUGAAGGGCUCCCAACUGUUUGACCCAGGGGAUUUACAAGACACCUCAAUACGUGCUAACCUCAAGGACUCUGACUGCAACCGCAAACUAAAAAAUGUGCUGAACACAGUGUUUUGGCUUGGGAAGGCUGCCAGUGGCUGCGCCUCUUAUAGUGGGCCGACGCUUAACCUCAAGGAGUUUGAAGGGCUUCUCGCUCAGAUGAAGAUCGACAGUGAAGAGGGUGGCGACAGUCCUCAGCAGCGCAGCGUUAGGGACAGUGGUUAUGACUGCUGGGACUCAGAGAGGAGUGAAUCUCUCUCUCCACCACAACACACCCGAGACAACUCUCUGGACAGCCUGGAUUCUUUUGGCUCCCGCUCACAUCAAAGUCCCUCUCCUGAUGUUGUAAAUCGAGGCAACAGUGAUGGGCGAUGCAGCGACUCGGAGGCUGAUGCAUCCAGCAGGAAGCCAGAUGUGAGGAAGGACGACAUGUUGGCCAGAAGGACUGCCAGCAAUGAGUCAAGAUGCUCCAUUCCUUUUAACCAGUUUCUUCCCAACCGAGCCAACCCCAGCUCCUACGUCUGUGUCCCACGACGGAAACAACACACAGAAGAGAUGGAGCAACGGAGUCAUCCUCGAACUGCUCACGAACAAAGCAAAAGAAGCGGAGUACACCACAAAUCUCCCAAAACCGUCACUUGGGCGCCUGAGAACAAUGGUGAAAAUAUGAAACAAGUCGAGGACGUGGACGUGUUGCAGCAGAGGAGGUUGCAGAUGUUGGAAAAGGCAGGGAUUAAAGUACUUCCUGCUGCCGUUCGCUACAACAGCCCUCCCGUGUCAGAGGAAAAAGAAGUGAAGCCAGCGUCCCCGAGCAUCAUCCUUCGCUCUGAAAACGACUUUUUAAGUUCUCAUAAAUCUGCAUGGGAUUCUCCGUCUGAUGAAGAAGAGGAAACGGCGAAACAAAAAGUUCCAGACCUUCUCAAGGACGACCUGGCGUCUCGAAGAGUUCAUCGUCGUCCUGUGGUUUCUAAGGUCCAUCAGUUUCUUCCCCCUCCUGUUUGCACCAACAAAGACCGUGAGCGCUGGGAGGACAUUAGACGAGCCUCUCAGCGAACGCUGCAGGAGAAGGACAUCAGUGAGAAGGAAGCACUCCCUGACAUCAUAGCUCGCAAAGAGAACAUCUUCUUAAAGGAGGAGGAAAAGGAAGAUGAGGGAGAAGAGGGAAAGGAUAAGGCGAUGCCUAAUAAACAAAGGGAUGACUUGGCUCUUAGGCGGGCUCAGAGUAAGCCCCUCCCUCUCAGGGACGGACCAAUGAGCUUUGUUUCAUCCUCCAUGAGCCUGGCUGAUAUACAGAAGUGGGAGAGACUCAGGAUGACAGAACCAAGCAGCUACAUAGAUGAAGCAGAGCCCAGUCAAAGGACCCCUCCCUCUGUGGACCUCCAGCCCUGGACCAUCAAUGCCCCCUCUUCUGCUGCUGAGCUCGAUGCUCGUCUCGCUCAAUAUGAACAGAGAACGGGAACAGAGGAGGAAGAGGAGGAGGAGGAGAGAAUCCCAGACCUUCAGAAAGACGACAUGAUGGCAAGGAGGACAGGUGUUUUCCAAAAACAAACAGCUGCUUCAGUGACUCACAGCCGUUUCCUGCCUCUGCCCAGCUCAAAGCGUUACACACAAACAGAGACCACAGAUGCUGUCCCACGUAGCAAAACAUCAGUGCAGGCAAAGAGAAACACGGAGCUGAAUGUCAGAGGUUCUAGGGAAACGCCUCAACAAAUACUCGAGCUGACAACUCCGCGAGCGACGCCUCACGAGGAAGGUGAACAAGAUGACAGUGAAGGUGAGUAUGGUGAAAACGAGCCUGUGCCCGACCUGGAGAAAGAUGACAUGAUGGCUCGAAGGACCAGAAGCUUCCAAAGAGCAAGCUUCAAUCAGUUCCUGCCCGUACCCGGGUCAGUCAAAUACAACAUCUGCCCAGUGUCUGCGAUGAUGCCGCUGCGCAGCCAGCCCAAACUCAUCAAAAACACAGACAGAGACAGCAUUGUUCCAGUGGCAGCAGAACGUCAGGCUUUGCCCCCUAAAGCUCCGUCCGGCCCCCUGUGUCCCGGGCCGAGGGAGAGGCAGGAGGAGGAAGAGAGAAAAAAGGAAGAAGAGAUGAAGGUUGCUGACCUCACUGUCAGCUCAGUCUCUGAACCCCCCUGCUCUGUUUCUGCCGUGCCUCCGCCCAGUCCUCCUCCUCCUCCUCCUCCUGCUCAGAUCUGUAGGAUGGAGGCGAAGGUGGAAAGUCAGGAAGUGGAGGAGAAAACUAAGGAGGAGGAGAGAAAAGAGGAUGGGGAUGUGAAACCACAAAAGAAACCGUUUUGGCUGGAGGAUGAUCUGCCUCCAAUAAUGGUGAGCAGACGAGUUGCCUUUCAGAUAGACGAGAGCAUGAGUAUGGGUGACAUGGGUGUCGAUGAAGAGGUCGGACACAUACCAUCGCUGAGCCUGUCCCGAUAUGAACGCAUGCACGAGCAGUACAACAGUUUUCUGGAAGAAGAGGACCACUGGCAGGAUGACCUGGCUCGCUGGAAGAACCGUCGCCGCAGUGCAUCACAGGACCUCAUCAAAAAGGAGGAGGAGAGGAAGAGAAUAGAGAAGAGGAUGAAGGAUGAAGGGCGUGACGGCAAUAAGAGGAAGAGCAUCAAGACCUACAAGGAGAUUGUGGAGGAGAAGGAGCGCAGAGAAGCUGAGCUGUGCGAAGCCUACAGAAAUGCAGCGUCUCCAGAGGAAGCGGCGCUGGUUUUGCAGCGUUACGCUCUCCGCUUCACCAUCAGUGACGCAACACUCGACAGCCUCAAACUGCCCAGAUCCACAGCGAAACCCAAACAGGACCUAAACCAGGCUGAGCAGGAGCACAGCCCCAAGUCACCUGUUAAAAACUCAGCGGUGCUCGAGCGUCUGCACAAGCCGGACUGGAGCGUUGCAACUAACCAGGAGCGCACAGAACCUGAAGACGUGGAAACCGAGCCAAUCCAUGAACGAGAGCAAUCUAGUGCCAUCUCCUCCAGCCCCCUCUUGAUGGAAACAAACUCACCAAGUGUUCCACCUGAAGAGACUCGGCUGACAGAGUCACCACCCGCACGUCGGAAACAACCGGUGACUGAAGACACACAACCCCAGACCAAAGACCCCUCACCUCAGAAAGCACAAGCGCAGCUGCAACCAGAACCUACGAUCUCCACCCCUCCAUCUGCGCCCUCCAGACCCCUCCCAUUGCUGGUAGCCAAGCCCUAUUGCCAGCCCAAGAGCACACCCUCUGGACACAAACCCAUCAAGCUGGACGGGUUGGUGCGGGUAAACGGCGAGGCAACAGAGGAUUUCCCCUCCCCGCAGGACACGCUGCGGGAAAACAAAGAUGUUUCCUCUGAACGGACGCAGAAAAGAGAUCCUCCAGAGGAAGCCGUGGAAGAUCCAAACACCUCAGAGCAGCCAGCGCCUCCGCAGCCGGAAAGAUCAACGUUGUUUUCGGGCUCUGCUAUCAGCUCGCUGAUCGGAGGCCGCAACUGCAUCAUCACGACGACUAUUGUGACGGAGCUCACACAGACCCGCAUGGAGCCCCUUCACCCAGAUAGCCAGAGCAAAGGACAGGAUGGGACGGCAGAGGAGAUGAGUUCCCCACCUCCUGCAUCACCCAGCAGUAAUGAGUGUUCUCCCACUGUCACGGAAGGACUCGAGGAGAGCAGUGUGACCAUUGAAACCCCCAUGUUGAAUUUGGCUAAACGUGUUAAUCACUGGGUUUGGGACCCCAAUGAGGAGCGUAAACGCGUGGAAAGGUGGCAACAGGAGCAGGAGCGCCUCCUACAGGAACAGUACCAGAGGGAACAAGAGAAGCUGAAGCAAGAGUGGGAGAAAGCACAGCUGGAGGUGGAGGAGGAGGAGAGGAAACACAACGAAGAGGAGAGACAGAUUCUCGAGGAAACGGUCGCACCCCUCAGUCCGUCCGGCCUGUUGCACAAGCAGCCAGGACACACGAGGGAGGCUUCGUCUGAGAACAUGUCUUUGCAGCAGAAUGGACAAAAGGUCGAGGAUCAGCACACGUCCAAGCUGCAUUUUUUUCAGGAUUCUUCUUGUGAUGGAGAACCGUCCCAAAAACAAGAACUGUGGAAAACGGCCUCUCUGGACCGUAAUCCUCAACUGACUCAGACCCAGAGUGUUAAAAGGUCAGAAUCACACGAUGCUGUAACAAGUAAGCAGCCCCCCUCCCCUCUGACGCCUCAGCCUCCAUCACCCAGCAGGUGUGUUAGUGGGAGGCGGCUGUGUUCAGGCUGUUCUAAACCUCUGGGAAAAGGAGCCGCGAUGAUCAUUGACACACUGGGACUCUUCUUUCACAUACAGUGUUUUAAGUGUGGCUCUUGCAGUAGGCAGAUGGGUGAUGCCACCACAGGGACUGACGUACGGAUUCGCAACGGGCAGCUGAGCUGUUAUGAGUGCUACAUCGCAUCCCGGGGCAGAGGUCAACCCACUACACUAUGAUUACCCCCCCUUUUUUUUUUGGAACUGGAACGUCACCGUUUGUGAGAGUUUUUGGACAAAAAAAAAAGAUUUGAGAUCCUUGAGUCACAAUCCGAUCGAAGCCUGGAUUCUGUUUUUUGGACUCCCCCUCCCCUCUGAAAUAAACAAACAGCUUGGUUGAAUAUUUUUAAGAGGAACUGAGUGGACAUUGCCAACUUAAGUAAUCACAAAGUACAAUUGAUGUACUUUCUUACUUGUACACAUGUAUACAUCUAUUCCUAAUACAUGUAGCAUGAAUGGCAUCACUGAGGCAGUAUGUUCAACGCUUCCUUUGCUCAUUUCUGACAUGUAAAAGGAGAUCUCCUCCUCUGCCAUGCGCUAAAAACACUGAAGCUGAAAAAAAAAAGUUUAUUCCUGAAAUUGUUUUGCUCGUUAGCUCCUGCUUCUGUGGCUCUCCUCCCCAAGUGUGAUGCAAAGCAGUCUGUGUUGGAUAACCCGAAGUAGCUUGACCAUUGUAUUGCCUUACUCAUAAUUUCUUGUUUCUUUUGAGCUUUGUGUUUUACUGUUUUGCAUGAAAGAAAGACCAUAUAUAAGUUAUUGUGAGUAUUUUUAGUUUCCCAGAAGUGGAACUUGAACUGUCCUUGCCUUUUGUUGUGCAUCAUUACCAUAAGUUUGAAUUUACAAGGAUCUGCUUAACUUACAUAAUUCUUUUUAGUAAUUAACUUACAUGAAUAAUAAUGCAUGUUAAGUAAUGAUAUUUAGUAUUUUAGUUUUUGAAUUUAAAAUAUUUUCUUUAUUUUGGCGUUUUUUUAGCUUUACUUUCUUCUCACUGACUGAACCAGUGCCUUAUACAGUAUGUAAUGAAUGCAACAGUGAGAUAUUUCACUCAAUUUGACCUCUGGGUCAAGGCACAUUGUGUGUGUGAGUGUGUGUGUGUGUGUACUGUAUAGAUAUUAAUGCUGUGUAUUUUGACUUGAAGCACAGUUCCAUACCAGCAAAAACAUCUUUAUUGGAGUUUUCUUCCAACUCCUCCCAUGACACAAAGCGUUUUACAGAUUCCUCGGUUAAUAAAUGAAAUGAAAAUAUCCUCAAAUCUCUCUUCGUCUGCCUCUGUCACAAGUGUUUCCUCCCCCGAGUGUGAGGUGAAUUACUUUGUCCUCACCCACCUUCAUUUAAACACCUCACAGCCUCCCAGAAGAACAGAGCUCAGUUUGUUUUAUAAUAACUGUAUGUUUAUCAAUAAAAAUAUUUUAAAUGUG